AUGGCCUACCGCUGCUCGCAUCCAGAGGUUGAGAUCAAGGCCCUCGAUAUCUUCAACACCGAAUCCGAUAGAGGCCAGCAUAACACCCUCCUAGAUCUCCUCGAUGUGUACCCUGACAGAGUUGUAUGGGCUCCGAAGCUGGAUCACGCACGACUGGUUGAACACUUUCGUCGGAUGGAAAGCACACCAUCUAGGAGGAAUGAUGUCCCUCCACUGCGUAUAUUGCAAGUGUCACUUGAACGAUUCGUUCUUCAGGCGCUCAUCGACAUCGCAGUUUCGUCGAAGACCUCACUUACCUCAGCGAAGAUGAUGAUUCAGAAUUGCACACCGACACGACGGCAUACUGGAUGCACCAGCGAUUCGGGCCCAGAUGGACUAUACCGCUUCAGUUCCGGUCUAGGAGCUCGCAUGAGCCGCGUCUGGUUCUCGCACAGUCUUCGCACAGAUAGGUCCUCUGUCUAUGUUAUCCACUCGUGUCCGGAGAAGGCGAAAACCGCCAUUCUUCAAAGCACGCGCGAUGAGAACCGACAGAAACUCCUACGACCGCUGGCCAUCGACGCCUUCCUUGCAGAAGAUAGGUUGGAUGAGUGGGGAAGGGAUUCAAUGGCUCCGCGGGAUGAACUUAUCCAAUAUGAGAAUAGCAAAUUUUCAUUGUACAGUGCGACACAGGUAGCGAUGGCGGUAGAAAACCUUCACGCGCUUUCGCAGCUCCUGCACGUUAUCAAAGGCCACCUCAACGAUCUUCACGAACGAUUACGGUACCUGAUCAAAGUACACCAGCGUCUUCAACAUCUCACAUCCCGCCGCCGUCCUCCAUAUAGCUCAUACCCAGGGUCUUUCGAAGUCGAAUUCGAUAGAGACGGGGCUGACGACGAAGACCAAUACACGGAUUCUGUCCUGGACUCGCUCGAAUUCAUGCAGUCACAAACGGCCGGGCUUAUACGCUGGAUAAUCAACUACAUCGAACGUACAGGGAUUCGUAUCAACUUAUUCUUCAACAUAGCCACCCAGACGGACAGUAAAAUCAAUCUGGACAUUGCCCGACUCACAAGCAAGAUUGCCGUCAGCACCCAGAGGGACAGCUCAUCGAUGAUAACAAUGGCUGCGGUGACAAUGUUCUUUCUGCCUGGAACAUUUAUCUCUGCUCUGUUCAGCAUGGUAUUUUUCAACACGCAGGAAGACGGAGCCUUGACAUUAUCCAAACAAGCGUGGCUCUUCCCAGCCAUCACAAUCCCGCUUACAAUCGUCAUUUUUGCUCUCUGGCUCUUGUGGCAGCGGUACCGAAGUCGCAUAGACGCAAAGUCUCUGGGCCUGGAGAACCGGCUGACUCUUUUUGACGACACUCAUGGUACAUCGGAGAAGGAUUUAGAAGCUUUGUUGGGUUAA